AUGUCAGUGAAUCGCAUCAGUGCAGAUUUCCCAGAAGAUUUCAUUCUUAUGGGCUUUACCAAGUACCCAUGGCUGGAUCUCCCUCUCUUCUUUGUCCUCCUGACCUCCUACAUGUUCACAUUGCUGGGAAACAUUGCUAUUAUUUUGGUUUCUCAGCUCGAUUCCCAGCUCCAAAGUCCCAUGUAUUUCUUCCUUACCAGCCUUUCAUUUUUGGAUCUCUGUUUUACCACUACGACUGUCCCUCAAAUGUUGUUUAACUUACAGGGACCCAACAAGAACAUCACUUACAUAGGCUGCAUGGCCCAGGCCUAUGUGUUUCAUUGGUUAGGCUGUACUGAAUGUGUUCUUCUUGGUAUCAUGGCCUUAGAUCGCUAUGUGGCUGUGUGCAAGCCUCUGAGGUACUCUGUCAUUAUGGACCACAGGCUCUGUCUGCAGCUGUCUGGUGCUGCUUGGCUCACUGGCCUGGCUAACUCACUACUACAGUCUACACUUACCAUACAGUUGCCCCUGUGUGGGAAUCGGAUGCUUGACCACUUCUUCUGUGAGCUGCCUGGGCUUAUUAAGAUGUCUUGUGGGGACACCACAGUCAAUGAGGUUACUUUAGCAGUGGUGGCCACAUUCUUCAUAAUGGGUCCCCUCUCCAUGAUACUUGUAUCAUAUAGUUACAUUGCUCAAACUGUAUUUCGAAUGCCUUCUGCGGCAGGGAGGCUCAAGGCUUUCAACACUUGCUCAUCGCACCUGCUGGUGGUGUCUUUAUUUUAUGGACCAGGGAUCUACAUCUACAUGCAACCCUCAGAGGAUGGCUCCCAAGACCUUAUCAAGGUCUUGACUCUGUUUUACUGUGUCAUCACUCCCAUGGCUAAUCCAUUCAUCUAUACUCUGAGGAACAAAGAUGUCAUAGGAGCUUUGAAGAGACUUCUGAGGAAGGCCAUUUCAACUAAGGGGAUAUGA